GUCUAUUUCAAGCUUCAAGGUGAAACGCCAAACUCAAGGGUCUUUUAAAGACGAAGGAGGCGAAAAAUGGAAAAUUUAGCCUCAGGUCUGAAAGGACCAGAGUUGAAGCAGAGCAAUCUCGCCCUGCAGUGGAAGGGCCUUUUGGGUCACAUUGACACCCGAUUCCAAAAGCUCCAGGACCAGUUCGACUCGGAACGUAACUCACUCCAGACCCGGUUCCAAGAGCUCCAAGACCAGUUUGACUUGGAACAGAACUCGCCACAGGCCCGAUACCAGGAGCUUGAGGACCGCGAGAAGGAAUUGGAAGAGAAAGUUUUCAACUACUCGAAAAUGGAAUCCAAAGCCCAGGAAUUACAUGACAUGGAGAGAUUGACAGAAGAGAAAAUAAAAGAGGUUGAUGUUACAGAGAAACGGCUAGUGGAAGUUGAGAAAUUGGUUAAAGAGAAGGAGACGAAGUGUGAUUUGAUCCAAAAAAGCAUCGAAGAGGGCACUGAGAAAUUGUGUUGGGUUCGUAAAAGUUUGGAAGAGAGGUCCAUAGAGCUUGAGAUUAAGGAGGAGGAAGUGACAGGGGCUCAAGGAGAGUUGAACGCUUUUCGUGAGGAUAUUGAGUUGAACCGGAGGCAACUAAAUGCGAUUAGGGGGUCUGUUGAGAAAGAGAAGAACGUGUUGGUUUUGAAACAAGAGGGUGUUAAAGCAGCGGGUAAAUCUCUUGAAGAAUGUCACAAAGAAAUUAAACUGAAAAAGGAGAGACUUUGUCCGAUUCAGAAAGUAAUGGUGCAAUGGUCCAAUCUAGGGAGAAAACAAUCAGGGAAACGGAGUUAGGUGAAAGAUUAUGGUUUGCUUAAGAAAUCCAUGGAGGAAUGGUCCUGUAAACUUGAAUCGAAAGAGAGGGAACUUGAAGGAUGGGUUGAGAAGUUUGAAUUAAGAAACAAACAAGUUGAGUCAAAAUUUGAGGAACUCAAUUUGAUUCAUAACAGGGCCAAUGAAUACCUCAAUGAGGUUGAGGUGCAAGUAAAUCAUUUUGAUUCACUCAGAAAAUUGAUGCAGGAACGCCAAAAACAUUUGGAUUCAGAAGCACUAGAACAUUCCCAUGGACUUGAAAUGAAAGAGAGGCAACUUGAAAAACAGGCCAAAGAGCUUGAGUUGAAACAAAAACAAUUUGAUUUGAUGAUUCAAGAACGCCAAAAGGAAUUGGAUUCACAAGAAAAGUUGUUACAAGAACAGGGCAAGGAGGAUUUGGAUUCACAAGACAAGUUGUUACAAGAACAGGCCAAAGAGAUUGAAUUGAAACAAAAACAAUUUGAUUUGAUGAUUCAAGAACGCCAAAAGCAUUUGGAGUCAGAAGAAAAGUUGUUACAAGAACAGGCCAAAGAGCUUGAAUUGAAACAAAAACAAUUUGAUUCAACUCAAAAAUCCAUGGAGGCCAAUGUUCCUUCUUCCUCCAGUAUUCAGUCAAGCGCCAACAGGAAUGGUAGAGACUUGCAAUUGCUCAUGAAUGAGAAUUUGAAGAGAAUUGACUUAGUGGGUAGAGAAAUCUCAGGUGUUCUUCAGGCGUCAUCUGACCCAGCGAAAUUGGUUUUGGAUGCAAUGCAAGGGUUUUACCCUUCAAAUUUGAAUGUGGACAACCAGGAGUUUGAUUAUGAUUUGAGAGUUAUUAGGAGGAGUUGUCUUCUUUUGCUACAGGAGUUGAAGAGAUUCUCACCACAAAUUAAUCCUCAUGUGAGAGAUGAAGCAAUGGAGUUGGCAGCUGAUUGGAAGGCUAGGAUGAAGGUGGCAACUGAAAAUUGGUUGGAGAUUUUGGGCUUUUUGCGGCUUGUUUCUACAUAUGAAUUCACCACUGCUUAUGAUGCGAAAGAGCUUCAAACUCUACUUGCUAUAGUUGUUAAGCAAGAUCAGGCUACUGAAUUUUGCCAGGCCUUUGGUAUCACAAACAAGGCACCUGUGGGCAACAUCGUUUCUUUACCUGUCAAAAUUGAGGAACCAGAAUGUUUACCGGUCAGAAGAGCAUCAACUUCACCUUCUCCAAAUCUUCAACUAAGUGCCACCACAGAUGCAAGGAAUUUGCAGGGCUCUCCAAAUGAGCAUUUAAGUGGAAAACAGUCGAGGCAUACCGAAAUGUUUGAUGCUCUGCAAAUGUCAUUAAACCCAGCAAAACUCGUUUUGAAGCUGGUGCAAGCAUCUUUAACUGAGCACUGGAAAAUUGGGCAUGUUGGUUCCAAAGAAGUUGUCAUGAAGAAGAACAUUUACAUUUUGAAUGAUCUAACUAGAGUCAAACCGCAUGUUGGACUUGAUGUGAAAAAAGAUGCAGUAAGCCUAGCAGUCCAGUGGCAAGAAAAAAUGAGAGCAGAGACCGAAAAUUCGUUGGAGAUUGGGUUUUUGCAGUUUGUAGCUGCAUAUGGAUUGCUCUCAACCUUAAACGGAGAUGAGAUUGUAAAACUUCUUGGGAUGAUUUGUCAGCAUGCACAGGCUCUUGAAUUACGCAAGGAACUUGGUUUUGCAGAUAAGAUCCCUGAUUUUGUUCAGGAUCUUAUUGAAAGGAAGCAACUCUUUGAGGCAGUUAGACUUAUCUGCACCUUCAAGUUAAUUGACACGUUCCAGCCAGUAUUAGUCUUAAAAGAAUAUGCGGAGGAUGCAAAAAGGUCUUACAGGACAGCAUUGCUGGAAGGACCUUUUUCUUUAUUUUUGCAUAUUGCUGAUUUUAGAGCUGUGGUUCAAUGCCUCAAAGAUAACAACCUCGAGUCUGAUUUCUUAGCCAAGGACGUGGAAACGGAGAUAUAGCUGUGCUGGAAACACUGAAGAAGAGUAUGAUAAGUUCGGUGAAACAUAGUAACGAGACUCAACCACUUCAACUGCGUCAAAGUAAGCGUCUCAGAGAGCUGAAUGAGCGACUAUGAUGGACAAGUGUAUAUAUUUUUGUUAUGCUGAAAACAAUCCCCGUAGUUUUAAGUUAUUAACCUUGAAUCACCACUAAUUCUACUGAUGCCAAAAUGUUGUUAUUAGGUUGUGUGGUAUGUAUGUAUGUACCUAAUUUGGCAACAAGCCUAUACUGUGUUAGCCCUCCGGUAAAAUCUUUCUUUGUUCAUUUAGAUUCUCAUCUUUGCAAUGCUAGUGGAUAAAUUCAAUUCUAAAUUUUCUUGUUCGAAGAA